CAGUAAUAACUCACGAGGGUAAAAAGCAGCUCCCUCCUAGCCACGGACCUCAAAAUUUUGAUAAUUUGAGUUGAGAGGGAGAGGAGGAGAAGACGGCGAUGGGUUUAGGGUUUUAGCAGGCGGAGGUAGAGCGCCGGCGAGGUCUACCGCGGCUGGGUCGGCAUGGCCACUGUGGAAGGGAGACGGGGCUGGAUACCGUGGGCUAGGAGGGCUAUGGGCGAGGACGCCGAGAUGGGGAGCUUGAGGAGGGCGGCGGCGGCGGGAGAGGACGACGAGAAGGGGGUACCGGAGAGCGAGACGGCGGCGAAGGGAGACGGGGCGGCGAGCUACGGGUACAUCCCUGUGCCGCAGGACGCCGAUGGGGACAAGUGCGUUGUUCUUGUUCCCACGGCGAACGCCGCUGACUGGAGCGUCGCGGAGAUGAAGGACGGCGGCGGCGGCGGAGGAGGAGGAGAGGAUGCUACGGCCACCACCAAGAUGAUCCAGAUGCGUCCCGUUGGGCUAGGCAUCGCUCGUACCAGACCGGGAGGCGACCGCCUUGACGGCAUCGAGGACGGCAUCGAGGACGACAUCGACGAGGUGAAAGAUCCAGGGGAGGAUCAGGCCGUACACCAACCGAUGCUGCCGGUUCUCGUCAGGGGCUCAGCGCCAGAGAAGAGUGAUUUGGAAAAAAACUGGGAUCGAGAUCAAGUGGGUUAUGGUGUGCAUUUGUUGGGCUCCUUCAUCUAUCCUGCAGCCGUGGCAAUCUCAAUGAAGGAUCACCCAGGAGAUUUAACUGCGGUGCUCUUGAUUUUUGGGACGAUGUGGUGCAUUUUGGCUAUGGGUUUUCUUCUUCAUUUGCAUGCUAAGGAAUCCAAGGCUCUUCAGCGCUUUACAUCUAUUAUCCCUAGAGUCUUCCUUUCAUGCUUCUCAUAUCUAGUCAUGUACCACAUUUCCUUCCUUAUACCCAACAAGAAGGCAGCCCAUAUUUUCUGGUAUGUGAAAGUGACAGUACUUCUGUCACUCUUCCAUGCUGGAAUUCUGAUUUGGGUUGUAAUCCACAAGAUUUUGAAGAAACAUUCGAAUAUCUCAAUGCAUCAGGACACUCCUAUCAAUGAUUUCAAAUAUGUACCCAGAAAUGAUCUAUUUGAUAUUGAUGAAUAUGGGCACUACAUCCCAUCCAGACCAAGAUCUGAAUUGCAAACCACCUCAUCUCGGUUCAGGGGCAAAAGGAGCCAAUCAAAGAGUACAUCAAGCAGAGAGAAGCAACGGAACUUGUGAAAGUUGAGUGGAUACAUCUGGCGCCUGUGAAGUCAAGGGGAGAUUUGGAUGCGUCAAGGGGACCGUUGCUUGCCAGCAUCCGCGAGAUAGGAGAUCAUUGCAACAGCCCUGCAAACGAUGAUUCGCUGUGAUUAUAUUUCCUGGCUUGUCUUUUGCUGUGCCAGCAGCCCCUGAGAGACUGCGUGAUCCAUGCUUUGGUUGAUAGCUGGAAUCCCCAGCAGAUGUUUUCUUUUGUUUCUCUAGACUAUAUAUGAACUCUUAUGCUUUCAAGAAAAAGCAGGGCGUAAUGCCUUUUGUCCAAA